GCGGCGGCCAUUUUUAAAUACCCAUACUUGCGCACCAUAGUCCUACCCGCUAUAAAUAUUAUGGUUUUGUCAUGGCAGCGUCUGUAGUAACGGAAUCUUAUAACUGACAUGGCGCAUCCAGGUGGAUAUGGAGGUGGACCGCCCCAACAAUGGCAACCGGGUAUGGGACCCCCACCACAGGAUUUCCGGCAAGGAAACGGUCCCCCUCGUGCAGGCGGGGGUGGCGGACCACCCCCUAUGGCCCCGCCUCCGAUGCAGGGCAUGCCCCAAUUCGCGGGGUAUGAGCAGGUCGGAGGAUUUGGACAGAUGAACUUUAUGCCCCCUCCCCCUCCUCCCCCACCCCCCUCAGGACCACCUCCGCCAAUGGAGUUCUCAGACAUUGCCAAUCUGGAUGAAGGAGCCUGUCGACAAGCCAUGUUAGAUCACGUGGCAGAAAACUGUUGCUAUGGCAGCAAACCGGCAGAGGAAAUGCAGAUCACGCAUCAUCACGGCCUGACGGCCUUCCACUACACUUUGGAGACGUUUACGGAGGCAAGGAAGACCGGGUUUCAGCACGUGCCUUACCGUGGGGGUCCCGUGGACGGCCCAGAGAACGGCAUCCCUCCACCACCCUGGCAAAUCCACUGUCUGGCGGACAGCAUGUUCCACACACACGUCAAGAAGAUGGAGGUCCCGCAUACCGCCACCGUCCGGCCCUGUCAUCGAUGUGACGCCCAAGGUUACUUCCGGUGCUGGGAGUGUCAUGGCUGGGGUCAGACUGAGUGUGAGGCGUGCGAUAGGCGGGGGUUCCACGAACACUUUGAUCCUAACACAGGUCAACAUGUCCGUAACACCUGUCAUCGUUGUCAUGGUGACGGAAUCUGUAGUUGUCAUAGAUGCGGUGGAGACGGUAGGAUCACGUGCGAUGAGUGUGACGGUUACAGGAACAUCAAGACUUACAUAGAACUCGUAGUUACAUUUACAAAUCAUUUAGGAGAGCACGUGAUUGAGCGAUCGGACAUGCCUGACCAUCUUGUCAAAGAAGUAGGCGGCGAGAUGGUGUUUGAACAAGUUCUGGAUCAGGUAUUCCCAAUAACCUCUUACCCGAUUGCUGAGAUCAAUCAGAACUCCAUCCGAAUUGUAAACCAGCACAAAGGGGCGUUCCCUAACGAGAGAUUACUUAAACAGCGACAACAACUAAGAGCCGUUCCCGUUACUGAGGUACACUACACGUGGGACGAAGUAAGCACUCGCUACUGGAUCUACGGCCUGGAGAGGAAGGUCCACGCCCCCGACUACCCACAACAGUGCUGCUGGGGAUGUACCAUUCUAUAGAAUGCGCGCGCAUUCUGGUCUCCGGUUACAUCACUUCCUUUUCCGGUUUCUAAUGCUGGAUAUUGAAUGAGCGACUGUUUUAAAUAGUGUAUAAUUUUGCUCUCUUUUUCUGAACUUUGAAAUGUAUUGGGCCAAAGUAAACUGUACUUUUUAUGUAUUUAAAUAUGUUAAGAAAUCUUAUUUUAAAGUAAAUGUCAUUCACUUACCCUAAGUGUUACUGUAGGCCUAAAUAUGAAAUUGUUGCAGGUAAAACAAAUACUCGUUAACACAUUUAAUCAUUAUCAUUUUUUGUUCAAACUAACAUUUAAUGUAAUUUUAAUAGUUACGUCGUUAAUUUUAUGAUAUGGGUUUGUUUCUGUAUACUUGGUAUAUGGGUUCUAUUUUUUUAUGAAUAGUAUUACUUAUCAUCAUUUUCUUUCACAUUUUCUUCAAAUGAACUCAUUUUGCACAACAGCAAAACAAAAACUGAUAUGCAAUAAAGCAAUAACACUUUAGUUUGAAAAGCAAUAAAACAAUAACGUUUUAGUUUUUAGAAAUUAUCAAGGAGGAUGUGAUCAAAAGUUGGUAAAACGAUUAGUCUUACUUUAAAUGAAAUUAACUGAAUAAUUGAUUUCUGAUUAUAUAUAAAGAAUGAUUUAAAAAUCUAUUUCAUUUUGAGACAAAAAAGGUUUAAAAAUAGCCACGACCAACGAUCUUCUUUCCUUUUUAAACAUGAAUUGUAGAAGUUUAGAAUCAUUGAGUAAGUUAAAAUGCUCUUUAAGCUGUAUAUUGUUGUCAAAUGACAAAUAUGCUCGGCUGAUCAGGCUUAUCUGUGAUAUACAUAUAAUCAUAUCUACGACAAAAUAUUUGUCCCUCCACAGUGCUGAAUACAUGUAUUAUAUGUACCUUAGUUAUUGAUAUACGUCAGGUAUUAUCAUUUAGCAUGAUUAUGUUUGAUUAAUUAGUCUUUUGAGUUAAUUUUAGCAGUAGCAUACAUUUUGUGCCAAUGAAAAAAAAAUGAUUGUGAGAUGCGCCCUGGAGUUUUAGUGAUUCUCUUAUCACUUGAUAGAGAGAAUUCUUCUAUGAGAGAGGUCAUGCAGAGAGAUAUGAGAUUAAAAUUAAACUGAUGAUAUGCACACAUGCGUUGAAAAGUAUUAUUUUAAUUUUGUAAACAGAGAUUUUUGUUCUGACAAAAUUUUAAAAGAGUGAUUUUAUUGUUUCUUUCUGUUUUCUUGAAUAAACUGUCCAAGAAUUAAAAUGAGCUUUUUUU